UUUGUCAUUAGGUGAUUCAUCUUCCAUUACAAUCUUAUACAGAACCUCUUACAUCAAUUUCAACAAUUCAAAAACAGAAAGAAAAGAAAAAUCAUGGCAGAAUUGGUUGGUGGAGCAUUUCUUUCAUCAUUCUUUCAAGUGGCUCUUGAGAAAUUGUCUUCCAAUGAUUUCAUAGACUAUUUUCGUCGAGGCAAACUUGACGAUAAACUGCUACAGAAACUUCAAGUUACACUCAAUUCUAUCAACCAUGUACUCGAAGAAGCGGAGACAAAGCAAUACCAAAGCUCAUACGUGAAGAAGUGGCUUGGUGAUCUUAAACAUGUUGUGUAUGAAGCAGAUCAACUUUUGGAUGAGAUUGCAACCUACACACCAAACAAGAAGCUGAAAGUUGAUUCUCAACCUUCUACUAGCAAGGUAUUCGACUUCUUUUCAUCGUGUACUGAUCCCUUUGAGUCUAGGAUCAAAGAAUUGCUAGAGAAGUUAGAAUUUCUAGCAAAGCAAAAGGAUAUGUUAGGGUUAAAACAAGAAAUUUGUGCUAGUAAUGAAGGUGAAGUCGGUUGGAAAGCUUUAAAAAGAUUGCCAAGUACAUCUUUGGUGGAUGAAUCGAGCAUAUAUGGCAGAGAUGGUGACAAAGAGGAAGUAACCAAAUUUUUACUUUCCGACAUAGAUGCUGGCGACCGUGUACCAAUAAUCAGCAUAGUGGGUCUAGGUGGAAUGGGAAAAACCACCCUUGCUCAACUUGUGUACAAUAACAACAUGAUACAGAAACAGUUUGAACUAAAAGCCUGGGUCUAUGUUUCGGAAACUUUUAAUGUUGUUGGACUUACCAAAGCAAUUUUACGGUCAUUUCACUCUUCGGCAGAUGGUGAAGACUUGAAUCUACUCCAACAUCAAUUGCAGCAGAGACUAACAGGAAAGAAAUAUCUGCUUGUUUUGGAUGAUGUCUGGAACGGUAGUGCGGAAUGUUGGGAGCGCUUACUACUUCCUUUUAACAAUGGAUCUACCGGAAGUAAGAUUAUUGUGACCACACGUGACAAGGAGGUAGCAUCAGUUAUGAAGUCCACCAAACUUCUUCAUUUGAAGCAAUUGAAGAAGAGUGAAUGUUGGAGUAUGUUUGUGAGACACGCUUUUCACGGCACAAAUGCAAGUGAAUAUCCAAAUCUUGAAUCAAUUGGCAAGAAAAUCGUAGAAAAGUGUGGAGGGUUGCCUCUAGCUGUAAAAGCAUUGGGGAAUCUCUUGCGAAGAAAAUUCUCUCAACGUGAAUGGGUUAAGAUAUUGGAGACAGAUCUGUGGUGUUUAUCAGAGGGUGAGAGUAACAUUAACUCAGUUUUGAGGUUGAGUUUCCAUCAUCUCCCUUCAAAUCUGAAGCGUUGUUUUUCUUAUUGUUCCAUAUUUCCAAGAGGUUAUAUUUUUUGCAAGGCUGAAUUAAUCAAGCUUUGGAUGGCAGAAGGUUUGUUGAAGUGCUGCAGAAUUGAUAAAACUGAAGAAGAGUUGGGUAAUGAAUUCUUUGACGAUCUAGAAUCAGUUUCAUUUUUUCAACGAUCAGGAUAUGUUGAUUACAGGUACUUUGUUAUGCAUGAUCUUGUCAACGAUUUAGCAAAAUCAGUGUCGGGAGAAUUUUGUUUGAGAAUAGAGGGUGAUUGGGAGCAAGAUAUUCCUGAAAGGACACGUCACAUUUGGUGCUCUCUUGAAUUAAAAGAUGGUGAUAAAAUAUCACAACAAAUUUAUCAGGUAAAGGGAUUGCGCAGUUUGAUGGCACGAGCAGGUUAUGGUGGUCAACGCUUCAGGGUAUGCAACACAGUACAAUAUGAUUUGCUUUCAAGACUAAAAUAUUUACGGAUGUUGUCGUUGAGAUUUUGUAAUCUCAAGAAGCUAGCCGAUGAGAUAAGCAACUUAAAGCUUCUGCGUUAUCUUGAUCUUUCUCGAACCGGGCUAACAAGCUUACCUGAUUCCAUCUGCACGUUGUAUAAUUUGGAAACAUUGAUAUUGAUUCAUUGUCCACUGACUGAGUUUCCUUUAGAUUUUUACAAACUCGUCAGUUUACGCCAUCUUAUCCUAAAAGGCACUCAUAUAAAGAAGAUGCCAGAGCAUAUAGGAAGAUUACACCAUCUUCAAACGCUGACUGAUUUUGUUGUGGGAGACCAAAAAGGGUCUGAUAUUAAUGAGUUGGCAAAACUCAACCAUCUUCAAGGUACACUUCGUAUUUCAGGGUUGGAAAAUGUCAUUGAUCGUGUGGAUGCAGUGACAGCAAAUUUGCAAAAAAAGAAAGAUUUAGACGAAUUACAUAUGAUGUUUUCUUAUGGUAAAGAAAUCGAUGUCUUUGUCUUGGAAGCUCUUCAACCAAAUAUCAACCUUAAUAAGCUUGAUAUUGUCGGUUAUUGUGGCAAUAGCUUUCCAAAUUGGAUUAUAGACAGUCAUUUACCCAAUUUGGUAUCUCUUAAGCUGAUUGAAUGCAAAUUUUGCUCUCGGAUGCCACCACUUGGGCAGCUCUGCUCUCUCAAAGAACUUUCAAUUUCAGGCUGCCAUGGAAUAGAGAGCAUUGGCAAAGAGUUUUACGGAAACAACUCAUCAAAUGUUGCGUUCAGGUCCCUCGCAAUUUUGCGAUUUGAGAAAAUGUCUGAAUGGAAAGAUUGGUUAUGUGUUACAGGUUUCCCUUUGCUGAAAGAGCUGUCAAUAAGAUACUGCCCUAAGUUGAAAAGGAAACUGCCUCAACAUCUUCCUUCUUUGCAAAAAUUGAAGAUUAGUGAUUGCCAAGAGUUGGAGGCUUCGAUUCCCAAGGCUGAUAAUAUUGUUGAGCUAGAGCUAAAAGGAUGUGAAAACAUUUUGGUAAAUGAAUUGCCAUCCACCUUGAAAAAUGUCAUCCUUUGUGGAUCUGGGAUCAUCGAGUCUUCCUUGGAGCUAAUUCUACUCAACAAUACCGUUCUUGAAAAUUUGUUUGUUGACGACUUCAAUGGUACGUAUCCAGGAUGGAAUUCUUGGAAUUUCCGUAGUUGUGAUUCUCUUCGCCAUAUAUCAAUAAGCAGAUGGCGCUCCUUCACUUUUCCUUUUUCACUACACUUGUUCACUAAUCUUCAUUCUCUAAAGUUGGAAGAUUGUCCGAUGAUAGAAUCAUUUCCUUGUGAUGGUUUGCCUUCUCACCUAAGCAUCCUCCAUAUAUUCAGAUGUCCCAAACUGAUAGCUUCGAGAGAGAAGUGGGGGUUGUUCCAACUCAAUUCUCUGAAAGAAUUCAUUGUUAGCGAUGACUUUGAAAACAUGGAGUCAUUCCCGGAGGAGAGUUUGCUUCCACUGACUCUUGACCAUCUCGAGUUGAGAUAUUGUUCAAAGCUAAGAAUAAUGAAUUACAAGGGCCUUCUUCAUCUCAAAUCUCUCCAAUCCUUACAUAUUGAUGGUUGCCUUGGUCUUGAGUGCUUGCCUGAGGAGUGUCUACCCAACUCCCUUUCUAUUUUGUCCAUUAAUAACUGUCCGAUACUUAAGCAACGGUACCAAAAGGAGGAAGGAAAACAUUGGCAUAAAAUUUGUCACAUCCCUAUUGUGAGGAUAGCUUGACUGAUAAUUAGCAGAUGAAAAUGGUAUAGAUCACAUUCACCCAUCUGUUUGUAUGAUGUGUAAAACAUUUGUGAAUUUUCUUUCACAAAAUAUGCCAUAAGAUUCAAUAUCUCAUGCUGUACACUAGCUUAUCCAUAAAUUGUAUCAUAUUUUUUUAUCAUAUUUGUAAAUGUUUGAUAAGAAUAUUUUUGUUGUA